GGUUACUUGUGAUCAUCUUCCUUGAAGAAGUCGCCAGCCAAGUAACGUCACCUACUCUCAAACACGUUGACCUCCACUCCCUAUUUAUCUCCCCAAUUCAUAACCCCUUUCUUUAUUUCUCAAAUUUCCACUUUCAUUUUUUCUCUGCUAAAAAACCAUGGAAUAUCGCACCUUAGAAAUAAAUGUUGUCUCCGGUAAAGAUCUCAACAAGGUCAAUCUCAUCACUAAGAUGGACGUAUACGUCGUCGUUUCAAUCACCGGCGCCGGAGACGACAGAUCUGAUCAGAAAACCAAAACCCCCGUCGAUCACGACGGUGACAAUAAUCCCAACUGGAAUUUCCCGAUCAAAUUCACCAUUGAUGAUAACGUGGCUGUUCAAAACCAUUUGCAUCUUGUUUUCAAGCUCAGAUGCCAACGUGCCCUUGGCGAUAAAGAUAUUGGACAAGUUGAUGUACCCAUCAAAGAGCUUCUCGAAUCUUCCAAUAGCAGUACUACUGGGAGUAAACAAUUUGUAAGUUAUCAAAUCCGAAAACCUUCCGGUAAACCCAAAGGUCAACUUACUUUUUCCUACCAAUUUAGUGAUAAGAUCACCGGUAAUAAUGUCGAUUCUAAAAUUGACCAUCAGGUCACUGCUUAUCCGGCGGUAAAUCAAACUCCGGUGAUGGUGGGAUCCACUUCUGUGUAUCCACCACCACCACCACCGCAAGGUCUUAGUGGGCUAUACCCACCGCCACCGACCUAUGCUUGUGGUGGGAGUGGACCUACUCCACCACCGCCUGUGGGAUAUCCACCACCACCGGCGGCAGGUUAUCCACCGCAAUCUGUGGGAUAUCCACCACAACCAGCAGCGGGAGGAUAUGGAUAUGGAUAUGGAUAUCCACCGGCGACUGUAUAUCCUCCACCACCCCAAUAUGGAUAUCCACCGCAGCAAGGUGGACAUGGAUAUGGGUAUCCACCGGUGCAACGACCGGCGAAGAAGAACAAUAAUUUGGGGUUAGGAUUAGGGGCGGGUUUACUUGGUGGAGCACUUGGUGGAAUGAUUAUCGGUGAUGCAAUCUCAGAUGCUGGAGGUUAUGAUGGUGGAUUUGGUGAUGUUGGUGGAUUUGAUUUCUAAUUCUUUUUUGAUUUUGUUUUAAUUAAUUCAAGUAUUGUUGUUUUAUGAGUAGAAAUUAGUUCAUGUGAAAAUUGUAGUAUUAUGAAUUUUGAUGACAUAAAUCAAGCAACGUUUUAACGUAAUAUUCAA